AUUUCCUUUGUUUGUGUGAGUGCGUGUGCGAGUAACACGGUCGUGUUAUCUAAAACUUACGGAUCAAAUAUUUGCUUUAAUACCCAAAAAGACAUAGAAUAGUUAAUUGGACAAACGAUUUAAGAUAUCUUGCGCAAACUGUGAUAUAAGUUAGUUACUCAUAAACGAAAUGUGCGGUCAAUGAGACGCAUUGAAGGGUAUGGCAUUUAUUUGGGAAACAGCUCGCACAAAAUGCUGACUGAAGAGCACUCGUCGCUGCUGCUGGAAUCAAAUGGAGGCACAACUGGCUCUAGCUCGGAAGAUGAGGUUGACCAAAAGCACAAAAUACGCGCUGUACCGCGUCUGCGACAGCGUGCGCGUCUGCGAAAUCAGCUGCCCAGGACCCUGCGACGUUUGGGCUGCUACACGCUGAGCGCCUGCGUUGUCUGUCUGAUGUUUUUCAUUUACCUGCCAAUUAUAUUUUUUGACGUGCAGCCGCGUCAAGAAUCUCUGUGGGACUGGACGGUUAACACAUCGCGUGACGUUAAGGAUUAUGUUUUGCCGCAGCAGGACACUGCGUUGAUUUUGCCGCGUGAAUUUUGUCGCAGCAAAACAUUUCUGAUUAUAGCAGUGUGCACAGGUUUGAACAACUUCGACAGACGGCAGACAAUACGUGAAACCUGGGGAAACACCACAGAGUUCAACUACAAUGCUUUUGACAAGCAGCAUGGACAUAUGGCAGGACGUUUUCUACCGGUGCUGGCAGAACGCCUCAAGCUUUAUGCAGACUAUCUAAACAAUACAGGCGACACUUUGAAUGUAAGUGUGCGCAUUGUAUUUAUCAUAGGCCUUGGAUCAUCGCAGGACAACGAAACGCUGACGCGUCUACACAACGAAGCUACACAAUAUAACGACAUUAUACAAGAAAACUUCCUGGAUACGUACAACAACCUCACAAUCAAAUCUGUCAUGGCACUAAAGCAGAUUAGUCACAGCUGCGCGAAAUCAAGCGCAUAUUUUCUUAAAUGCGAUGACGAUACAUUUGUAAAUGUGCCGAAUCUCUUGCAUAUGUUGCUGGGCGGCACCGUGCCUCUAUAUAAUGACACAUACGGCUAUUACGAUCACUUUUCCGCUCAAGUGCUGCAACCGCGUAAUCGUAUGAAUGCCACUAAAAAUGUUUUGAUGGGUCAUGUGUUCUGCAAUGUGCUGCCCGUAACGGAUACGAAGAGCAAAUGGUAUAUGCCCUUUUAUAUGUAUCAGGGGAGCAGCUAUCCAAAGUAUCUAUCUGGCGCUGGCUACGUACUGUCCAUUGACGUAGUGCAGCGCUUGUAUGAAGCUGCUUUGAAUACAACGCUUGUCUAUCUGGAGGAUCUCUAUAUAACAGGCAUUUGUGCAGAGCAUGCAAAGAUUAAGCGUGCAAGUCAUCCACUCUUUAGCUUUGUGCACUCCCAGAUGGCGUGCGCCUUCAAGGGCAGCAUUAUACAACAUCAGCUAAAGGAGGAAAACAUGCUGGAUGCGUGGCGCUAUGUAUCCAACUAUAGUAUUCAGUGCCCGCCACCGGCGUACUUAACUCAAUUGCGUUUACGCUUACGCAGUAAAUGUUAGUGGUAGAUAGUGAGAGAGAGAGAGAGAGAGAGAGAGAGCUGUGAAUGACAUCGUCUCCAAUAAUGUUAUAAACUUCGCUAUAAACGUUAUUUAAUAACUAGUUGUAGUAUGAAGCGCAUAACGCUAGAGUUAUUUGUUAUAACCAAGAGAAAAAUGAAAUUCUCGCACAAAUUGUUUUUGCAAUUAUUUUCAAAUAUUUAGUUCCUGAGAUUACUUUAAUUCUCGAAAAACUUUACACACACAUAUGUAUAUGAAUAUUAUUAUUUAUGUUGUGGCAAGUGUUUGUUGCUUGCCACUUAAA